AUGUGGGAAUGUGACGGGUCAGCAGGAGGAAAAGGAGCUGAAGUCUUGAAGAACCUGACUGAGCUGGUGCUAGCAGAGAACCCUGUGUCCAACCUGCCCCACUACAGGCUCUUCUUGGUCUUCCACUUGAGGGCUCUAGAGAAGCUAGAUGGGCUGCCAGUCAGCGUGCAGGAGCGAAACAUAGCCCAUCAGCGCUUCCAUAUGGAGGAGGUUGAGCAUCUCGAGCAAGAAUUGGAGAGUCAGCUGGCAGUGAUCGAGAAGCUCAGGGAGGAGCAGACGGCUACGUUACAGGAGCUGGAAAAGCAGGAGACCCUCAACCGGAAUCUGCAGCUCCAGAAUCGUGAGCAGCAGAGCUGCCAGGCUCAGCUAGAGAGGGAACUGGAGACCAAGAACGAGCUGGUACACACGCUCUCUGGCUUUCUCUGGGGCUGGAAGGGCAGCUUGAGAAACAUGUAGCCCAGAUGAGCCAAGCACAAGGGGAGAUGGACCACCUGCAGAGCCUGCUGGGAACCAUGGAUCCUAGUUAUCUACAACAUAUCAGUGAGGUCCCAUCUCUCUUGCGCUAUGCUUAUUAGUACGCUGGUAAACUGCGGUACUUCUGGGCUUUGUGUCAAAAGAACAACGGGUCAAAUUUAGUGUUUCGCAUGCUAAAUGCUUUCCUGUAUGUGCCUGGUUACAAACUUUCAGUGACAGCGAUGAUUCUCAGGGCUCUCAGAACUGUUUCCUUCCCUUACAGUACUCGCAGUAUUAUCUCUAAUAUUUACAUGCUUUGUGAUUUCUCAUCUUUCUUUAC